AGUGACCAUUCUUUCUCCCUUCCUUUGCUCUCUAUCUCUAUUCUCUCAUCAACCCCUAAAAAGUAACCACAUUCCUAUAUAUCAUUUACACACGUACAAACUCUCUCUUUUCUCUCUUCUUGUUAUUUUCUAAUAACAUAACAAUCACAAUGAUCUAGGAUCUAGGAUCCAAAAAAGCAACACAGAAAUUUAAGAAAGGGAAAAAAGAAGAAAAGAAUCAGUUGUUUGUGUAAUGGUUGAUAAUGGGGUUGGAAACGUUAACCAACAAAACAAUGUUUUGUCAUGACCCUUCAAUGAUCAAUUCAAAUGGUAUAUGGCAUGGCAGGAAUCCCUUACUUUCCAGCGUUCCCCUUCUUUUGACCCAACUCACCUUAAUUUCUCUUGCGUCUAAAACUGCCGAGAUUUGCCUCAGGCCCCUUGGACAAUCUAGCAUUGUCUCUCAAAUUCUUGGAGGUGUGAUUCUAGGACCAUCAGUUCUUGGGCAAGCUCCAAAAGUAGCAGUAAUCUUAUUUCCUCAAAGAGGAAAUGUAAUAAUAGAAACAUUAGCCACUUUUGGCAUCAUUCUCUUCCUGUUCUCUAUUGGAGUGAAGAUGGAUGUAAGCUUAAUGUUCAAGCCAGAAAAAAUUGCCAUUUCAAUAGGCAUCUCCCUCUUCAUCUUCACCCUAAUCAUCCCCAUGAUAAUUACUAUCGCCAUCAUGAAUCAAGUUGACAUUGAAUCCGAGCUCCGGAAAUCCUUACCUCUCCUAGUAGGAUCCCAAUCCUUAGUAGCUUUCCCUGCCAUUGCUUGCCUUCUAGCUGAGCUCAAGAUCUUCAACACUGAGGUUGGCCGCUUAGCUGUCUCCACUUCCAUGUUCUAUGAUCUCCUUGCUUUGAGUACAUGUGCCUUCGGGUUCGCAUACUUGGAGACUCGUGAAGAAGGCUUCUUUAUAUCAAUCGCAGCAAUCCUAUCCAUCCUAGGUUUCAUUGCUGGUGUUGUGGUUGUGGUUCGGUUUUUCCUGCUGAGGUUGCUGGUAUCACCAGUUACAGAAACCAGCACAAUUUCCCCAGGAAGACAUCAUGUGAAUGAGUUACAUCUAAUUAUUAUACUAGUAGUGUUGUUUAUAUCCACCCUACUAAGUGAGAUAGUUGGGCAGCAUUAUUACCUAGGACCUAUGGUUUUGGGAUUGGCUAUUCCUGAUUCCUCACCUCUUGGAGCUGCAGUUGUGUCAAAGUUGGAUACCUUCGUUUCCGGGUUGCUCUAUCCUACAUUCUUAGCAAUUAGUGGAUUGAAGACUGACAUCUUUAGUGUUAGUCUUCAGCAAUCAUGGCAAACAGCAAUAAUCGUGACUGCUGGAGUACUUGUUAAGUUUGCAGCAGUAAUGAUACCAGCAAUGCAGGGAAACAUACCUUUUCAAGAGGCAUUCGUACUUGCCCUUGUGAUGAAUGUCAGAGGCGUCAAUGAGCUCAUCAUUUAUAACUUGGUCUUAGAAGAUAAGAAAAUAUCAGGUCAGGACUUUACUCUGCUGGUAGUCUCCUCAAUAUUAGUGACAGCAAUCAUGACUCCAUUUGUCAAACUCUUGUAUGACCCAUCAAGAGCUUUUGCUCCAAUGAGGAAGAUGACCAUUCAACAUCACAAGAAAGAUGGAGAGUUGAAAAUGGUGGUGUGUAUUCACCAGCACGACAAUGUCCCUACCUUAGUAAACGUUCUAGAAGCUUCAGGUGCUUCAGAAGAAAGCCCUAUUUCAGUUAUAGUCGUCAUCCUAGUAGAAGUGGUUGGUAAGUCUGCUCCCAUGCUGUUAGCCUAUAGGCCCCAGAGAACCCUUGAACCAAGCAACUCAUGUAACAACCAUAUUUCCAAUGCUUUCCAGCAAUAUGAAAGACAAAAUGUGGGCAAAGCCUCAGUGCAGGUGUAUAAGAACAUGUCUCAUUUUGACGCCAUGCAUGAUGAUGUACGCAGGAUAGCAGCUGAAAAGAGAGCUAAUCUCGUAAUCUUGCCGUUUCACAAGCAAUGGGCUAUAGAUGGCACAGUGGGGGCCAUCAACCGGUCCAUUCAGGAAAUGAACCUGAAGCUACUUGAGUGGGUCCCAUGCUCACUCGGGAUUCUCAUUGACCGAGGUCCAUCAAAUGGCUCCUUGUCAAUUCUCCACAGCAAGUCGGCCUAUCGUGUUGCUGUGCUCUUCAUUGGAGGGGCAGAUGAUGUAGAAUCACUAGCCUAUGGAGCUAGAAUGGUCAGGCAUGAGCGAGUUGUAGUCACAGUCAUUCGUUUCAUUCUCGUGGGUCGGGAUAACUCAAGAGAGAGAAAGCAUGAGAGUGAAAUCAUUGAUGAUUACAGGAAGAGUAACUCUGGAAAUGAGCGGCUUAUAUAUCGGGAAGAGUUAGUGAAAGAUGGCGUAGGGUUGGCUGAAUCAAUUAGAAAUAUGGAUAAUAUUUAUGAUCUAAUACUAGUGGGAAGAACCCAUCAACAUUCACCACUUCUGUUUGGACUACAUCAGUGGAGUGAAUGUCCUGAGCUCGGUGUCAUUGGUGACUUACUAGCCUCUUCUGAUGCUGGGACCACAGCAUCUGUGUUGGUGGUACAGCAGCAAAAGAUGACUGGAAAAACGAAUGCAUCUAUUGGUCAGCUAACAAACAGUAGGGAUAUGUUCGUACAAGAUGGACUAUCCCCUGACAGACUAAGUGGCCAUCAUAAUCCGUCGGUGUCAAUUUCAAUACUAGAUAGAGAAAAUGGCAGAUGAAGGACAAUCUUUACAUAUAAUCAAUCCUAUUAGGAAAAAGAAAAGCGAGGCCUUAGAAUUUUCAAUUGCUAGAUUGAUGUAGCAUAGGAAUACCAUCUUGUAGAUGUCUAGAUUGUAAUUAGAAUCUGUAUAAAUGCCUGUCUCAGAACUUCUCUUUGUUUAUAAA